CCAGGGGGAAAAAAAGUCAGUGACGUGCAGGCCAUGAAGUCCCCUUUUUGUCUCUAUCUGCGUAAUAUGGGUGUGUUUUUUGUGAAACUGGGGAGAAGAUAAAGGAACGCACAGAAGGCUUUUUGUCGCACACACUCCUGAUUGAUCAACGGACUUCUCCGCAAACACAGUAUUAGAAACAGACGCCAAGAUGUGUUGCGCAGGAUUCCUCAAACUGAUGAUGUUCAUCUUCAACGGCGCCAUCUUUGUAGCAGGUGCUGCCAUCCUGGGCGUGGGCAUUUGGGUGAAGGUGGACAGCAAUUCCCUGAUGGGAAUACUGGAUAGCGUGGAGGACAUUCCCUCAGAGGUAUCCGAGGUCGCCAACGUCGCCUACCUGCUCAUCGCGGUGGGGUCCGUGUUGCUGGUCAUCGGCUUCCUGGGCUGCUGCGGCGCCGUGAAGGAGAGCAGGUGCAUGCUUCUGACGUUCUUCAGUAUCGUGCUGAUAAUAUUCCUCGUCGAGGUCGCCGGCGCUGUGGUGCUGCUGGUUUUUAGCGACGUGGCCGAGAAGCUCUUUGACAGCCUCGAGACCGAAGUCAAGAAAAGCCUCGGCGAGAAGUACGGAAGCGACGAGAGCCUGACCUCGCUCUGGAACAGCACCAUGAUGGGGUUUCAGUGCUGCGGGUACAAGAACUACACCGACUUCAACGGCUCGCCCUUCUACACGCAAAACAACGGCUCCUAUCCGUCCCAGUGUUGCAACGGGACGGAGGCAGGCGGCACCUGUAGCACAGAGGCGGCAGGAACGGCCGCGGAACUGAAGUUGGUUGACGGCUGCUUAGACAAGCUGAUGCAGCUUAUUGAGGAAAACAUCAUGAUAAUUGCCGCUGUGGCGCUCGGGAUUGCCGCUCUUGAGAUUGCUGCCAUGGUGGUUUCAAUGGUUCUCUACAAGCAGAUUGGUAACAAAGCGUGAUAGCCGCUCUGUUGUUUUUCUUGUAAUUUAAUAAGAUCGCUGAUACAUUUCCUUGAGGAAAAGUUGUUUUACACCCAGUUUCACUGAGAACAGUCAGGGAUAAAAAAAAAAAAAAAGUGUGUUUAUAUUUCAAUGGAUGCCUUGACCUUAAAUCAUUAAGCUUGUAAUAUAGACAAUGUGCGGGUAUUAAUAACUGUAUGAUAUCACUUGCAGACUGAUGACGUCAUUCUAUUUUUUAUAUUUGAUCAAAGCAAAGAAAUAAAAGGGAGUGUUGGUAUUUGUUCAAGUUA